UUAAGGAUUACCAUAAGGUAGAAUUUUGAAGGCGUUUGACAGUUCUCGCCACCAACCCCCCGAACAUAUCCCACCCCCUUUUUGCUGUGGAAUUCGGGUGAAAAGUUCACGAAAAUUGUGCUCCUAACACGAUUGCUACCGUCCAGGUUCAUUCCAAGAAUCAUGUCAGAAGCCAAAGUUGUAGAAAAAGCUGCAGAGAACAACAAAGAACCCAUAUUCAAAGUUCUGGAAAAGGUGAUUCCUGAGAAGUUUGGUGGUGAUGCAAACCUGUCCGCCCUUGAAAUUUCCUCAGGCAGUGGUCAACAUGUCGUUUAUUUUGCAGAAAGGUUCCCAAAAAUAUCUUUCCAGCCCUCUGACAUUGAGGACAGGUGCAUAAAGAGUAUCAAAGAAUAUAUUUCUGAGGCUAAACUUGAAAAUGUGAAAGAGCCCUUAGUAAUUGAUAUUUCCAAGCCUUUAAGUGAAUGGAGCAGUACUGUAGCUGAGAAGUCUGUAGAUGUCAUCAUUAAUAUCAAUAUGGUCCACAUUACACCAUGGAAAUGUGCUGAAGGGCUGUUUGCUGCAGCAGGAAAGCUACUAAAAGCUGGUGGUAUUAUGGCUACAUAUGGACCUUAUGCAAUUCAUGGCGAGAUCACCCCAGAGAGCAAUGUAUCUUUCAAUGAGUCUUUAAAGGCAAAGAAUGCUGAAUGGGGUCUUCGCGACAUUGACGACUUGGAAAAGGAGGCCAAAAACAAUGGUCUCACUUUUGAUGCCAUGUUUGAUAUGCCAGCCAACAAUAAAACUUUAAUCUGGGUCAAGAGUGACUCAGAGUAACCUCUGAACUCUCAUCUGUCUACCAUUUAUAAGUAACAGGAAGUAUUUUGAGGGACACAGUCAUUGGAAAAUAGUUGUGGUUCUUAGUUUGGUCAUCAGAAGUUUUAUCCAUAAUAUAACCAUGCAUGGUAUACAUGAAAUUUAUACACUUACUAAUGCUUGCAAACUAAAUGGAUGAUAAAGCAUACUGUGAUGUAAUCUUAACACAGACUCUGGCAACACAGUAUUUGUAACUGCCAUUUUCUUCAGCUUUAUUUUUGAAAUUAAGCCUAGUUGCAUGUCAUUGAAAUGGUGGAGGAAUGCUGUGAAUAUAUUUUAUUCCCAUUUUGACUUUAGAUAUCUUUAUUAAGUCUUUCUGUUUGUGUGGUUUGAUAAAUCCUUAACAAAAGUUAGAAAUUGCUAAAGGUAACUUAUUUUUAUAAGUAUGAAACUCAGAAGUAGAUUUUUCAUCGAAUGGAAGAUUGAAGAUUAAUAAUGAGAGAUGGCUGUGAAGAAUUUAAAAUUCUAUUUUUCAAUCCAGAGAGAGAUAGAUAUUGAGAUUAUUUUUUGUCUUAGUUUAACAUGAAGUCAGGGAGUUUUAGGAUUGCACACAACAAAGGUUAUGGAGCCUCAAUUUGUUGUAAAACCUGCCUAAAUUUGAUUUUGCACAAUUCAGUUCAGAAAGGUAUAUAGGUCAUACAUAGACACUGCCUUGGUGCAGAAUACUAUGUGCAGUACCUAUAUAAAAAGUUUGGGUGUAGUCAACUUAAUACAUUGAAUUAUAGAAAUUCAAAUAAAUAAUUGGGGGUUUUUGGGCAUCCUAUAUGCAGUCAUUUCUUAUAUGAACGAAAAGUCUUUUAGUUACUGUAAAUGCUAACUUUUGUAAAGGUUUUGCUGUAAUGCUGUAUUGCCUUCAACAAAAUAAUUAUAUAUAUAUUCAAGUGCCACUUGGGUUCACAUAUUCAUCCUGAUGAUGAUCACAUUAGCUUCACUUAAACUCCUUGUAGUGUUUUCUCUUAAUGUAAUUUUUCAGGGUACUGUAUUUACUAUGGUACACGUACUCCUAUCUUUUAUGUACCAAAGAUGAUGUGUAGGCUUUAGAUUCACAUAUCAAGACCAGUGAUGCAAUCACUGUUAUUUUUCUAUCAUUGCAUUUAAAUACUUUACUUCAAGAAAUGCUCUGUGCCUUUGGUUUUACUAAGUACUGAGUGAAACUAUUCUUCCUUCAGUUGCAAAGUACUAAAAAGUGUUAUGCAUGUAUUUUUACACAUUUCAUAUAUGCAUGUAUUUUUACACAUUCACAUUUGCAUGUCUAUUUUGUAGUGGGUAGGACUUUAUGGGAGGAUGAUUGUUGAGAAUGCACAGAACUGACAGGAUUUUUUGUACGUAUAGUGUACUGCAUUGCAAUUUCUGUAGCCAGGUGAGGAAGUCAAAAGGAUUUAAACAUUACAGAGCUGAGCCUUGCAGCUGCUAGGAAAUACUGAAUGUGUAUGGAGAUGUGUAUUUUCACUGUUAAGUUUUUAUUGAUACAUACUCAGUUUUUUUUUUAAAGCAGAAUAUAUUGAGCAUUAUAAAUCUAUCAUGUGAACAUAUGAUAUUCCAUUACCUUUAGAGCUAUUUGUCAUUAUAAUUUUUGACUAGUAUUUUGUUGCUGGUUUUAAUAAUUUGACAGCUUGUAAAAGUAGGGCUUGGUGACAGUGCAUAAUUACAUAAGUAAUUAAUUGCUUUAUUAUAAUUUGGCACAAUUUAAAUUUGACACUUGAAAUGUGAGUACUACAUACUUGUAAUCAAAUUUUAUUACUGUGAUAUUGUCUUAGUGAUUUCACAGGAAAAAGUAGUGAGUCCAUAUAUUUUACCAUAGAAGGAAUAUUAUAACUACUAUAAAGUUGUUUACUAUACAUCUAACAAAAAUGUACUUAAAAGAGAGCAUCAUUCUUAAUCAAACAGAGUUUUAUAAAUAUGUAUUGAAUGCUUUUUUACUUUAUAAGAUUUGAUCUUCAUAGAAAUGAGAAAAUUUAAGUUUACAGGUUUACAAUAUAUUGCAUAUUUUACACCUUUAUUUAGGUAAUAAUCAGUUAGACAUAUUUGUACUAAGUAUUCAUUAUUAAAAUUAUUGCAAGACACUAAUGUAAUAAAGGUUGUCACAAGUGGUCAAAGGUGUAAAACAUCAGCAGCUUGUGUUGGGAGUUCCUAUUAUUUUUGUAUCAAAAUCAAGUGAUUUUAUUAUUUUUGCUACUGUAAGACAAGGAAUUUUGCCUUUCAUUGUGCACUGAUUAAAAUUAGAGGAAAAA